AUGGCUCUCAUCGUGGCAUCGUUGUUUUUGCCGUACCAACCGCAAUUCGAACUAGACACCUCUCUACCCGAGAACUCACAGGUGGACCCGUCCCUGGUGAACGUUCACUCCAAGGGAAGCGACCAGCAGCACCGCGCGCUAUCGAACAACCACUCGCAAGAGUCGUUGGUCGCGCCCGCUCCUGAGCAGGGCGUGCCCCCAGCAAUCUCCAGGAGCGCCACCAGGUCGCCUAUAUCUUUCAAUCGCGCCUCGUCCACCAACACGGCCAACCUGGACGAUCUCGUUUCCUCGGACGUGUUUCUGGAGAAUCUUACCGCCAACGCCACCACGUCACACACGCCCACGAGCAAGACGAUGCUCAAGCCGCGCAACAACGGCUCCGUGGAGCAGUUCUUCUCGUCCUCCUCCAACGUCCCCUCGGACCGCAUUGCGUCGCCCAUCCAAUUCCAGCAGGACUCCGGCUCGAGGAUCGCGUCGCCAAUCCAGCAGCAGGACCCCACAGCCAACCUGCUGAAGAACGUGAACAAGUCGCUGCUAGUGCACUCGCUGCUGAACAACACCUCGCAGACCAGCCUCGACAAGCCGCACAAUCACAUCGUGACUCCGAAGUCCCGGGCGGGCAACAAGUCCGCCUCCGCGGCUUCCUCUCUGGUAAACAAGGCCAAGCAGGCGCCCGCCUCGGCUUCCUCUUCUUCCUCCUCCGCUGCUCCGCCCUCUAUCAAGCGGAUUUCCCCGCAUUUAGCCGCCGCAGCGGCCGCGGCCGCUGCCGCUGCGAAGCAACGGCCCAUCCUGGCCAAGCAACCGUCCAACCUCAAGUACUCGGAGCUAGCAGACAUCUCGUCCAGUGAGACGUCCUCGCAGCACAACGAGUCUGACCCGGAGGAGCUCACGGGCGUGCCCGACGAGGAGUACGUCUCGGACCUGGAAAUGGAUGACGCCAAGCAGGAUUACAAGGUUCCGAAGUUCGGCGGCUAUUCCAACAAGUCACAGCUCAAGAAGUACUCGCUUUUGAGGUCGACGCAAGAGCUGUUCAGCCGUCUGCCUUGGUCCAUUGUUCCCUCCAUCAAAGGGAACGGUGCCAUGAAGAACGCCAUCAACACAGCCGUCUUGGAGAACAUCAUCGCGCACCACCACGUCAAGUGGGUCGGGACCGUGGGCAUCCCCACGGACGAGGUCCCGGAGAACAUCCUUGGCAAAAUCUCCGACUCGCUGAGGGACGAUUACGACUCUUAUUCCGUUCUCACGGACGACGUCACGUUCAAAGCCGCAUACAAGAACUACUGUAAACAAAUCUUGUGGCCCACUCUGCACUACCAGAUCCCGGACAACCCGAACUCCAAGGCCUUCGAGGAUCACUCCUGGAAGUUCUACAAGCACAUGAACCAGCAGUUCGCGGACGCGAUCGUGAAGAUAUACAAGGAGGGUGACACCAUCUGGGUCCAUGACUACCAUCUGAUGCUGGUCCCGCAGAUGAUUAGAGACGUCUUGCCCUCCGCCAAGAUCGGGUUCACGCUGCACGUCUCGUUCCCCAGUAGCGAGGUGUUCAGGUGUCUGGCCCAGAGGGAGAAGAUCUUGGAGGGACUCACUGGUGCGGAUUUCGUUGGAUUCCAGACCAAAGAAUACGCGAGACACUUCUUGCAGACGUCCAACCGAUUGCUGAUGGCGGAUGUGGUGCAUGACGAAGAGUUGAAGUACAACGGCCGGGUCGUGUCCGUGAAGUUCACUCCCGUCGGCAUAGACGCCUUCGACCUCCAAUCGCAACUGAAGGACGAACACGUCAUUCAAUGGCGCCACCUGAUCCGUGAAAGAUGGCAGAACAAGAAACUGAUUGUUUGCCGUGACCAGUUCGACAGAAUCAGGGGCAUCCAUAAAAAACUGCUGGCGUACGAAAAAUUCUUGGCGGACAACCCACAGUACGUGGAGCAGCUGACCAUGAUCCAGAUCUGUAUCGGCAACAGCAAAGACGUCGAACUGGAGCGCCAGAUCAUGCUCGUCGUGGACAGAAUCAACUCGCUGUCCACGAACAUCAGCAUUUCGCAGCCUGUAGUGUUCUUGCAUCAGGACCUGGACUUCUCUCAGUACCUCGCAUUGAGUUCGGAAGCCGACCUGUUCGUGGUCAGCUCUCUGAGGGAAGGUAUGAAUUUGACCUGCCACGAAUACAUUGUCUGCUCCGAGGACAAGAAUGCCCCGCUGUUGCUGUCUGAAUUCACCGGCAGCGCCUCGCUGUUGAACGAUGGCGCUAUAUUAAUCAAUCCAUGGGAUACAAAGAACUUUGCUUCGUCUAUCCGCAAAGGUUUGGAGAUGCCAUUUGAUGAAAGAAGACCGCAGUGGAAGAAACUAAUGAAGGACAUCAUCAACAAUGACUCCACCAACUGGAUCAAGUCCUCUCUGCAAGAUAUCCACUUUUCGUGGAAGUUCAACCAAGAGGGUUCCAAGAUCUUCAAAUUGAACACGAAAAACCUGUCAGAUGAUUAUCAGUCUUCCAAGAAACGCAUGUUCGUCUUUAACAUCGCUGAACCUCCGACUUCGAGAAUGAUUUCCAUACUGAACGAUAUGACGUCGAAGGGCAACAUCGUGUACAUCAUGAACUCGUUUCCAAAGGCGAUUCUAGAAAACCUCUACAGUCGUGUGCAAAACCUUGGGCUGAUCGCAGAAAACGGUGCCUACGUAAGUCUGAAUGGUGUGUGGUACAACAUCGUGGACCAAAUCGACUGGCGUAACGACGUGGCCAAGAUCCUGAAGGACAAAGUGGAAAGAUUGCCCGGUUCAUACUAUAAGAUCAACGACUCGAUGAUCAAGUUCCACACCGAGAACGCAGAGGAUCAAGACCGUGUUGCCAGCGUCAUUGGUGAAGCCAUCACGCACAUCAACACCGUUUUCGACCACAGGGGUAUCCACGCUUAUGUUUACAAAAACGUCGUCUCGGUACAGCAAACUGGUCUUUCCUUGUCUGCAGCACAAUUCCUUUUCAGGUUCUACAACUCCGCCUCGGAUCCACUAGACACAAGUUCGGGCCAGAUCACGAAUAUCCAUUCGCCAUCACAUCCGCAAUUGGACUCCCUAGAUCAAGAACAAGCACCACCAGCUUCCCCCACGGUGUCGCUAAACCACAUUGAUUUUGCAUGUGUAUCCGGUUCGUCGUCUCCCGUGUUGGAACCAUUGUUCAAGCUGGUCAAUGACGAAGCUAGCGAUGGUCAAGUGAAGGUCGGCCAUGCCAUUGUUUACGGCGAUGCCACUUCCACUUAUGCCAAGGAACACGUAAAUGGGCUAAACGAACUUUUCACGAUUUUUUCUAGAAUCAUAGAAAAUUGA